UUCAUGCGAUAUGUCAAAAUAUAAUUUUUUUUUUUGGGUGAAAUGGUGGGAGAAUCAAACAGUUGGAUAUAAGAAGCUUUUUUUCACAUCGGUCGUUACAUCAGUUCGUUAUCAGCUGAAGAAUUAUCAACAUACAUCAUCAUGAAAGUAGCAAUUGUCCUUGUCGCUCUAGUGGCCGUAGCUGUAGCAGCUCCCCAAUCGAACCCAGACAAAGACGCUCAAGUAUUGAAAUAUGAAAAUGAUAACAUUGGAGUUGACGGAUUUAACUGGGCUGUAGAAACUAGCAACGGUAUCUCCCAACAAGAACAAGGGCAACUGAUCAACGCCGGAUCUGAAAACGAAGCUAUCGCUGUCCGUGGUUCGUUCAGAUACACCGCCGCUGACGGUCAAGUCUACGAAGUGACAUACGUAGCUGACGAAAACGGUUUCCAGCCGCAAGGUGCCCAUUUACCCGUUGCACCUCAAAAAAAAACAACAAUGAAAGUAGUAAUUGCCGUAUUUGCUCUUGUAGCUGUAGCUGUAGCUGCUCCCCAGAACCCCGCUGAUGUUCAAGCUCAGGUUUUGAGAAACGAACUGGACAACAUUGGCGUCGACAAAUUUAGCUAUGGAUAUGAAACUAGCAACGGAAUCUCUGCUCAAGAACAAGGACAACUCAUCAACGCUGGAUCUGAACACGAAGCUAUCGCUGUCCGUGGUUCCUUCCAAUACACCGGACCUGACGGUCAGCAAUACUCUGUGCAAUAUGUAGCUGACGAGAACGGUUUCCAGCCACAAGGCGUCCAUUUACCGGUUGCCCCUCAAUAAGUCAUUGUUUUCCAGUUUUGAUUUUUGAAAAAACUAGUAUUGUUAUUGUUAUAUGGUUUACAUUAAAUUAAAUAAUAAAAUCAAA